AUGUGGCUGUGUGAUGAUAGAUCGAUUUACAGAAGUAAGAACAAUUCAAUUCGUGCGGGUUGUGCCCAACUAAUUACACGCCUCAUUGAACGAGUCGGUGCAGUGAAUGCCCUCAAUAGCGGAGAAUUUCCGAAAUUGAUGAAAGCUCUGCUCGGUUUCGCCAAGGAUCCGAGUCCGGCCGUGCGACAGCAUGGAAAACAAGCACUUCAAUUGCUAACUAAGGAUCAAGCAAUGUUCGAUAGAACAGCAAGGCGGGUGCUGAGUGAUGUGGAAUUGAGGGCACUCAAUGAAGUAUUGGAAAGUAUCAGGAAAAGGGUGAGCCAUGCACGCAAUUCAUUAUAA